GGACUUGUUGAUGAUGUAAUGGGCGCCACUGACUGUGAGUGAGACUCCGUGUGCAGAGCACUUCUCAUAAUGUUUGGUUUUCCGGAUGGAAUGUCCACAUCACUGGGAUCUCCGGGAAAAGGAGAGGUGAACGACAAGAAACCCUUUUUCCCUCUGAGGAUUCUUUAAAAAAAGGACGCGGGCCAGCUGAGGAGAGCAGACUGAAGCUUCUGCUUUCGAAGGAGAAAGAAUACCAGGAAAUAAAAGAGCAGAAAAAUGAAAGAGAACUAUCAGUUCUAAAACAGGAGCUGAGUCAGCUGAAGGCUUUCGCACUGCUGGUUAUAAAAGAGCAACGGCGUCUGGGGCAACGGCUGGAGCAACACCGGCGUCGAGUUAGAGAACUGACUGCCAUCACCGACCAUAUCAAAGAGGAGGUCAGCGCUGCUCGGUCCACAGUGGAAGAGGAGUUCAGAUCCCCACAUCUCGGGCCGCAGGGCAGCAAUCAAGCUUCCGUCCUCCAGCAGGGCUGGAGCAGCAUGACGGCCCCGGGCCUGCUGUCCGAGGUGGAGGUUCUGAGGAGGAGGGUGGUGGAGAUGGAAGGGAAGGACGAGGAGCUCAUACGCAUGGCCGACCAGUGUCAGGAGCUGGACCGCAGGCUGGCCAACGAGGCCAGCCACUGCCGCAGCCUGAAGGUGGAGGUGGAUGAGCUCAGCCGCAGAAUCAGCGAGUUGGACAGGAUCGAAGAGGCUUUAGGCAAAAGCAAACAGGACUGCAGUAUUCUAAAGAGCAGCCUGGAGAGAGAGAGAGAGGCGAGCAAGGCGCUGUCUGAUGAGCUUGAUACUCUUAAACUCAGGGUGAGAGAGCUGGAGGCAGUCGAGGGCCAACUGGAGAAGAGUGAAAUGGUGAUUCGACAGGACCUGAGCAAGCUGAGAUCGCUGACUGUGGCUCUGGUGGAGGAGAGAAAGAGCAUGGCUGAGAGGCUUCGACAAGCCGAGGAGAAGCUCCACAGGAAGGAGGGCAAAAGAAGCGAACAAAGUAACUUGGCAACAAUGACAGAGAGGCUGAGAGAGGAGAAGCAGCAAGCAGUAAAGAGCAAGACAGAUUUAGAAGAAAAGAUUAAGGGGAUAGUUAAGGAAAGACGCGCGCUGCAAGACAGACUUGAAAUAGAAGAGGAGAGAAACAGAGAGCUGCAGAGCAAAAUAACCGUCAUGAAGAAAAGGCUACAGGUCUUAGAGAACUGGAAAGAAAAGGAAGAGAAGUACAGCUCUAUUGCAAACAGCACUGCCCAUCACUGCCAGUCCGAGGACAACAAAGUUAAGGAACUGACCCAGGAGCUGGACAAACUCCGAAAGAAGCUCCAGGACAAGGAGGACCUGGAGGGUGAACUGCUGAAAGUGGAGGAAGGCUUUGAGACCCUGGAAAGACGGCUCAAGGAGGAGCAGCGGCGGUCUCGGGCUCUGACCGACGAGCUGGAGGUGGCAAAGAGAGAGCUCUCCCGGUACGAGCAGGCAGAGAAGCAGGAGGUCAACCAGGAGCACGUCCUCCUCUGCCGCCUUCAGAAGGAGCAAGUCAAGUCCAGGCUUUUAACCAGAGAGGUGGACGCCCUGAAAGAGAAACUCCAGAAACUGAUGGGAACGGAGGAAUCCAUCUGCAGGGUGCAGAUGGAUCAGUCCACGCUGCAGAGAAGGCUGUCCCAGCAAGAAGCAAAGAACAAAGAGCUGGCCACAGAGAUGGAGGAACUGCUGGGCGAGUUGGACCGGUACCGACGAAUCAAGAACGUGACGCCCGUCGCCAACAGAGAGUUCUCAAACCCUCAUCAGACCACCAAAGAGGUCCAGACCGAACCCGCUGAGAGCAUUCUUCCAACCUACCGGGGCGACAGUGACAGACUGGAUGAGGAACAAGGUGACGAAGACCCCAAUCACAACUCCGAGGGCCUGAACAGGAGGCGCUCGCUCGUCAACAACUUCAACAGUCUGAACAGCGCAAACAACAACCUGAGCCAGUACAGCGGCCACGCGGGAAUCGACAUGCACCAGACGGCUAACGGAGACGUGAUGACGCUAACGCACACGCCGGGGCAGCCCUUACACAUCAAGGUGACGCCGCACCACAUCCUCAACACGGCCACACUGGAGAUCAGCAGCCCCACGGGAGACGCAGCCACAUCCUACACCAGCACGGCGCUCAUCCCCACCACCGGAGCCUCGCCCAAGCAGAGAAUCACCAUCAUCCAGAACUCCGGGCCACCUGCAGGUAAUCCCAAGAGCCCGUCUUCAAGCCCCGACUGCACCGGCUCCCCAUCGGCCACCUCUCGGGUCCUGAGUCCAGAUUCGUCGCGCUCCGUCACGCCCGACCACUGCAACUCACCCAUCCAGAUAGUGGCAGUGCGGACCUGCUCUCCAGAGCCCGCCGAAGUCGCAAAUCAGGCCGUCUUCUGCAAGACCCCGGAGCGCCAAAACAGCUGGCAGCAUCAGAAAUCCAGCAGCACUGACGGCAGCCCGGGUAUCAUCACCACGGAGGAUAAUAAGAUCCACAUUCACCUGGGGAGCCCCUACAUCCAGUCCCUGAACGGCGUGACCCACGGCGUCACGCAGCCCGUCGGGCCGUACUACGUGCGACACGAGCAAAGGACUCAAGUGCUGGCCAACGGCUGCCACGUAAAAGGCGUCGGAAAGAUCACGAGUAGCAUCACCAUCUCCCCCGCGAGCUCGCCGGCAUCACACUCCUCAAACAUCACAGUCAGCGGCCUUUGCGAUUAGCUGGAAACGUUUCCAGAAGUGACGCGCAUCCUGCCAUUAAUGACCAUCCAAAGCCAGAUGUAUUAUGUAACAAUGACCAAAAAAAAAAAAAAAGCUUUUCUUUCUUUUUUUUCUUGCCAGUAUUCGUAUAUCACAUGACUUCCUGACUUUAACUGUCUGUAUGACCUGUGUGCCUCCGGAUAUGUGAGACAUCAUUUCCAUCAUGCUCUGUUCCAUUAUUCUUUUUUUUUUUUAAUCUGUUCAUUAAAUACAUUUUUGUUGUCAGUUAUUCUCUUCCUUUCAGUUGAAGCACAAGCAAACUGGAACCAGCAGAGUCGGAGCAACUAAAAAAGCUGAACACAGUUCAGUUUUAAAAGGGAAAAAAGAUGAAUUGCUUUUCCUCGACAUGGUUUUCUGACACAAUGAAACUCUCAACGCUCGCUGUGUCUGUUCAGGCUUUACUACCUCUUCUAUGAUGAGGGAAAAAUAAGCCUUAAAUGUAAUUAUCAAAGCCUAACCCUGCACAGUAUAACCUAAUAGAAGCGGAAAACUUGUAAACAUUUAAACACUUUUCUAAACAGCUUCCUACAUCUAUUAAACCACUUCCUUCAUUUCUACUCAGCCGCUGUGAAGAUAUAAAAGCAUUCCGCACAUGUCAUGUCCAGCCAGCCACCCGUCCCCGCUCACAUGGGAAGGACACUUUAUUUGGGUGACUUCUGACAGCUGCAGUGAGCCUCCUGCUUAUAUACUUGCACCGAUCUCGAGUCUUUCUCCCGUUAAUAAAUGUAUGUUUGACAAAUGUA